CUCGGCCCUCCGCCUGCCCAUCUUCACCUACCAAGUCCUACAUCCCACGACUGCCUCACUCGCAUCCUCCUACCUCCGAUAUCUCCUCCUACACCCUAUCGAAUUACCAAAAUGCCCUGGGACAAGAAAGAUGGACUGCCCCACUACGUAAAGACUGACGAUGAGGAGGAGAUCAAGAAACAGUCGGGGAUCGAGAGGAAGCCAGGGAAUGAGGAGACGGCAGAGACCGAGGAGCCAGAGAUGGAGAAGUCUGAGGUCGAGAAACUCAAGAUUAAGCAGAGAAGGUGGUUUGCAAAGAGGUCGAACAAACCAAUCAUCCACGAACCCGCCGUGUGCCCGGCCGACACCGUCGGCCACGUCGAAUCCGAAAAUGAUACUUCGGAUGGAGAGAGUAGCGGUUUUGAACAGAAGAAGAGCAGGAAGCCCGCUGCAAAGCGGAGACGACCACGAAGGAAGGCUGUCAAUCGGAAGGCCCCGGUUGAAUCCACCGGAUCUUCCAAACGGCCAUGCAAGCGAAGGAAGGUCGAGCCGUAACGGCGGGCGGGUCCUCAUCGCAUAUACCGAUGCGUGGCCCAUCCUCAUUCGAGGACUUGAAGCCCCUCUCCCUCCUCACGGACAUGUUGCUUGGAUCUCUUCAACGGCCGUGAUAUAUAUGCAAUCCCGUCUCCCUCCGUUGUCUCUCCCAUAGCUGUAAUCGUACUGUACGCAUCGUCGUCGUCGCAAAGUCGUUGUACUCGUCUGGUUGUCUCGAUCACACGACGUCGCACAAUAUGUAUCCUCCAUUUCCUCGGCACAUCUCACUUCCACUGGUUCUAGUGCUGUAUAUAGUCGUCUCGGAAAGUCGAAUGUAUCGUCUCGUC